AUGAACAUCUUCCAAGAUUGGCCUGAGCCUAUAGUCCGUGUCCAAUCCUUAUCCGAAAGCAACCUCCAAGCCAUACCAAAUCGCUACGUCAAGCCUCUAUCUCAGCGUCCAAACUUACCCUCUCACAACCACCACAACCCUCACAACACCACCAUCCCCAUCAUUGACUUAGGUCUCUUACACACAGACGACAUAACUCUACAGGCCAAAACGCUUGAUGAGAUCUCCAAAGCUUGUAGAGAACGGGGAUUUUUCCAAGUGGUGAACCACGGGAUGUGCCCUCUGCUCAUGGAUCGAGCUAAAGAAACAUGGAGAGAGUUCUUUCACCUUCCUUUGGAGCUCAAGAACAUGCACGCAAAUUCGCCGAAAACUUACGAGGGAUACGGAAGUCGACUAGGCGUAGAGAAGGGUGCUAUUCUUGAUUGGAGCGACUACUAUUAUCUUCAUUAUCAUCCUUCGUCUUUGAAAGAUUACACCAAGUGGCCGCCUUUGCCUCUUCAUUGCCGAGAAAUAUUGGAGGAUUACUGCAAGGAGAUGGUGAAAUUGUGCGAGAACUUGAUGAAGAUAUUAUCGAGAAACUUGGGAUUACAAGAGGACAUACUUCAAAAUGCGUUUGGUGGUAAAGAGGAAGCAGGAGGAUGUUUAAGGGUUAAUUAUUACCCAAAAUGCCCUCAGCCAGAGCUGACUCUCGGCCUCUCUCCGCACUCCGAUCCCGGCGGACUGACCAUUCUCUUGCCGUACGAACAAGUCGCCGGUCUCCAGGUCCGUGGGUCUGAUGACGCUUGGAUCACUGUCGAACCAGCUCCUUAUGCUCUCAUCGUUAACAUUGGUGACCAAAUUCAGAUGCUAAGCAAUUCAAUAUACAGAAGCGUAGAGCAUAGAGUGAUCGUGAGCCCUGCAAACGAGAGGCUGUCAUUGGCAUUCUUCUACAACCCAAAGGGCAAUGUCCCCAUCGAGCCAUUGAAGGAGCUAGUGACCGUAGAUUCACCAGCUCUCUACUCCUCCACGACCUACGAUAUGUUUCGACAGUUCAUUCGCACGCAGGGCCCACGCAGCAAAUCUCAUAUCGAAGAACUUAAAUCCCCCCGAUAG